AUGGCGUCUGAGGAGAAGGACCGCGGCGUCUCGGCCGCUGAGCCACAGGACGAGAGCCCCGUGAAGCAGGAGCGACCCGGUCCACCCGGACCCAGCUGUGAGUCCCUGAAGAGCAGCGGCUCCAUGUGGCAUCCAGUGAACUUCAAGGAUGAAGAGCUGGACCCCGAGACGCAGGAGCGACCCGGUCCACCCGGACCCAGCUGUGAGUCCCUGAAGAGCAGCGGCUCCAUGUGGCAUCCAAUGAACUUCAAGGAUGAAGAGCUGGAGCCAGGUCGGCCUCACAGGAAGAGGUCAGAGGUUCUGAGUGCACGUCCUGACCUGAAGCAUCAUGAAGACCUGGACUCUGUGUUCCUGCUUCUUGAAGAACACAUUGUGACUUUUGUGAAGAACGAGCUCAAGAAGUUCAAGAAGGUUCUGGGUCCAGAAGAUCCACAAUCCUUAGAGGGGCUCAAAGAAGAUGAUGAGGAUGAAGAGCAGAGAAACAGCAACAGAGAAGCGAUUCUGGAACUUUCGCUGAACUUCCUCAGGAACAUGAAGGAGACGCAGCUGGCUGACGCUCUGCAGAGCAAAACUCGUGCUGUGAGUUGCCAACGUAAACUAAAGUCUAAACUGAAGGAGAAGUUUCAGUGUUUGUUUGAAGGAAUUGCCAAAGCAGGAAACCCAACACUUGUGAAUCAGAUCUACACAACACUCUACAUGACGGAGGGAGAGGGUGGAGAGGUCAACGAGCAACACGAAGUCAGACAGAUCGAAGCAGCGUGCCAAAAAACGGCAGGUUCAGAAACAACAAUCAGAUGUGAGGAUCUAUUUAAGCCGAUACCCGGAAGAGAUGAACCAGUCAGAACUCUGGUGACAAAGGGAGUGGCCGGCAUCGGGAAAACUGUCCUAACGCAGAAGUUCAUUCUGGACUGGGCUGAAGACAAAGCCAACCGCAAUAUGCAGUUCGUCUUUCCAUUCUGUUUCCGAGAGCUCAAUUUGAUCAAAACAAAAAAAUACAGUUUGGUGGAACUUCUUCAUCAACACUUUCCCGAAACCAAAGAAGCAGGAAUCUGCAGGUUUGAAAGGUUCCAGGUUGUGUUCAUCUUUGACGGUCUGGACGAGUGUCGACUUCCUCUGGACUUCCACAACAACGAGUACCUGACGGACGUUACAGAGCCCACCUCGGUGGAUGUGCUGCUGACAAACCUCAUCAGAGGAAACCUGCUUCCCUUUGCUCGCCUCUGGAUAACCACAAGACCUGCAGCGGCCAAUCAGAUCCCUCCUGAAUGCAUCGACAUGGUGACGGAGGUCAGAGGGUUCAGUGACCCACAGAAGGAGGAAUACUUCAGGAGGAGAUUCAAAGACAAUGACCACGCCGGCAGGCUCAUCUCCCACAUCGAGGCGUCGCGAAGCCUCCACAACAUGUGCCACAUCCCGGUGUUCUGCUGGAUCACGGCUACAGUCCUGGACCACGUGUUGAGACUCAGAGAGAGCGCAGAGCUGCCCAAGACCCUGACGGAGAUGUACAUCCACUUCCUGGUGGUUCAGACCAAACAACAGAAUGCAAAGUAUCACGGAGGCGUGGCAGGUGAUCCCGUCUGGAACACAGAGACCAAGAAGACCAUUCUCACUCUGGGAAAACUAGCUUUCGAGCAGCUGGAAAAAGGAAACCUCAUCUUCUAUGAAGUGGACCUGAGAGAGAGUGGCAUUGACCUAGAAGCCGCCUCUGUACACUCUGGACUAUUCACGGAGAUCCUCAAAGACAGACGUGGCCUGAGCCAGGAAAGGGUAUUCUGCUUUGUCCAUCUGAGCAUUCAGGAGUUCCUGGCUGCACUUUAUGUCUUCCUGAUGUUCAUCAACACUGGCAUCAAUCCACUGAGAAGACGAAAUCGGUUCAAGUCAGUACGACUUGCGCCAUUACAACUAGAUAUCCACAUUAGCCACCUCUGCCAGAGGGCAGUGGACAAAGCUUUGGAGAGUCCAAAUGGACACUUGGACUUGUUCCUCCGCUUCCUCCUGGGUCUUUCACUGAAGACCAAUCAGACUGUCCUACGAGGUCUGCUAAAGACGACAGGAAGUAAACACGAAGUCAAAGAGACGUUAGUCCAGUACAUCAAGAAGAAGAUCAAGGACAGUCCGUCUCCAGAGAAGAGCAUCAAUCUGUUCCACUGUCUGAAUGAGCUGGAUGACCGUUCUCUAGUGGAUGAGAUCCAACAGUACCUGAGAUCAGGACGUCUCCUUGAAAACAAACUCUCUUCCUCUCAGUGGUCAGCGCUCGUCUUCAUCCUGCUGUCAUCACAAAAGGAUCUGGAUGUGUUUGAUCUGAGGAAAUUCUCAGCUUCAGAGGAGGGUUUCCUGAGGCUGCUGCCAGUGGUCAAAGCUUCCAAAACAGCCCUGCUGACUGGCUGUAACCUCUCAUGGAGAAGCUGUGAAGCUCUGGCCUCAGUUUUCAUGACCAAGGACUGUAGCCUGAGAGAGCUGGACAUGAGUAACAAUGACCUGCACGAUUUAGGCAUCAAGAUGCUCUCAGCUGGACUCAGGAGUCCACUCUGUAGACUGGAGGUUCUCAGGCUCUCCGACUGCCAGGUCACAGAGAAAGGCUGUACUCUUCUGGCUUCAGCUCUCAAGAACAACCCCUCCCAUCUGAGAGAGCUGGACCUGAGCUUCAACCAUCCUGAAGACUCAGGAGUGGCGCUGCUCUCUGAUGGACGGGAUGACCCCAGCUGGAAACUGGAGACACUCAAGGUUGAACAUUGUGGAAAGCUUCGACUGAAACCACCACCUCUUCGGUAUUUCCGUGAGCUUUCUCUGGACCCCAACACGGCCGCCCCAAACCUCUCAUUGUCUGACGACAACAGAAGAGUGAGGGUGGUGAAAGAGAAGCAGCCGUAUCCCGAUCAUCCGGAGAGAUUCGACCGCUGGAGACAGCUGCUGUGCAGAGAAGGUCUGACUGGGCGUUGUUACUGGGAGGUCGGGUGGAAAGGGAGGGUUCAGAUAGGAGUGUCGUACAGAGGAUUUAACGUUAGAGGAGACAGUGACGACUGCUGCAUUGGAUGGAACGAUCGGUCCUGGAGUCUGUUCUGCUCUGCUCAUGGUUACAUGGCCUGGCACAACAACCACCCAGAAGACAUCGCCGCUCUCCCGUCAUCUGACUCCAACCGAGUCGCGGUGUAUCUGGACUGGCCCGCCGGCACCCUGUCCUUCUACCUUCUCCCCUCCGUUGUCAGUUCGGUCAAACAGAUCCACCUCUACACCUUCAAAUGCACCUUCACCGAACCCCUCUACCCUGCCUUUGGGUUCGGACGAAUGAGCGAGCUUGAGACCGACUCCUCACCGUCCUUAGUUGUUCUGUCGCAGAUGGAAGAAUAAAUGUGUUUUCCUGUGUCGAGCAGCGGUUCUUAAACUGGGGUAGACCGACUAGCAUAGCGACAGAGUGCGUUCUAGUA